CCCAUCAAACGGGUCCUGUCUACGGUCUGUCUCUUAUACACAUCUAGAUGUGUAUAAGAGACAGGUGCUAAUCCCCUACUGCAUGGGUCUGAUAUGAUUCUGAAAGCGCGGAAUUGACUUGUGUUUAAUGAGAGGAAGUGUUGUGCAUUGUCGUCGUCGUCCUCAUGCUUGGGGCACAUAGAGUCGAGUCAAACUAGGGUUGUAACAAGCUUUGCGCUGACACUGCGCAGGAGCGAAGAUGGUGGCGGCGCGUACCUUGCACUUUUCGCAGUUUGUGCCGCCCCUGGCUGUCAUUGCAGCUGAGAAGCUUGGUGGAGCUUGCACGGUCGAGCUGAAGCCUGGCGAGAGCGCUGGCAAGAAUGUGAAGCCCCGGCUGGUUGUCCCUUCAGCCGAGGGGCCGGAGGAGGUUGUGGAGGGACCUGCCCUGCUGAAGUUCAUUGGCGUAGAGAGCAAGUUGGACGGGCUGUAUGGUGCGCACGCAAGUCAGAUUGACGAGUGGAUCGACUAUGCGCCCACCUUUUCCGUUGGUGCUGAAUUUGAAAAGGCGUGUGCAAGCGUGGAUGGGAAGCUGGGCAGCAACAAGUUCCUGGUUGGGGAGCAGCUCUCACUUGCAGAUCUUGCUAUCUGGGAGCAGCUACUGUUGGUGGGACCACGCUGGGAAAGCCUGCGGAAAUCACCGAAGCCGAAGUUCCCCAAGCUUAUCAGAUGGUAUAAUGAGCUGACGGAGGCGGUACCAGUUUUGGCGGAAGUGGCUCUGGGGUAUGCGCCUCGGGGGAAAAAAGGUGCAUCGGCGGCAGCAGCAGCAGGGGCAGCCGGAGCAUCACAGCAAGAGAAGAAGGGAGGGGGUGGGAAGGCAGACAAGGUUGAAGGCUCCUUUGAUGUGAAGCUUCCAGGUGCCGAGGAGGGAAAGGUUGUGACGCGGUUCCCCCCUGAGGCUAGCGGAUAUUUGCACGUUGGCCAUGCCAAAGCGGCACUGCUGAACGAGUACUUUGCGAGGAUGUACAAGGGAAAGCUGCUGAUCAGAUUUGACGAUACCAAUCCUGCCAAGGAGAAAGAGGAGUACGAAGAAUCGAUCCUUGCAGAUCUGGCGAGGCUUGGCAUCAAAGGAGAUGCUCCCGUCACGUACACGUCUGACUAUUUUGAACAGCUGCUGCAGCUGGCGGAAAGGCUGAUUAAGGAGGGGAAAGCGUACGUGGACGAUACGCCAGUGGAGCAGAUGAGGAAAGAGAGGAUGGACGGAAUAGAGUCGAAGAGGCGGAACGCUACUGUGGAGGAGAAUCUGGCAAACUGGCGGCUGAUGGUCGAGGGAAAGCCCGAGGGGCAGGUGUUCUGUCUGCGUGGGAAGAUGGACAUGCAGGCGGCCAACAAGGCAUUGCGCGAUCCGGUCUAUUAUCGCUGCAACCAAACUCCGCAUAACAGGACAGGAUCGAAAUACAAGUUGUACCCGACUUACGAUUUUGCUUGUCCGUAUGUGGAUAGCGUUGAAGGUGUUACACAUGCUCUGAGGUCGAGCGAGUAUCAUGACCGCAAUGAUCAGUAUUACAGAGUGCUCGACGACAUGGGUGUCCGGAAGGUUCACAUUUGGGAUUUCAGCCGUCUGAACUUUGUCUAUACCCUGUUGUCAAAGCGAAAGCUUCAGUGGUUUGUGGAAAACGGCCGCGUAGACGGAUGGGACGAUCCGCGGUUUCCUACGGUGCAAGGUAUGAUUAGAAGAGGGCUGACUGUGGAAGCGCUGAGGGAGUUUAUCGUCUCCCAAGGUGCAUCGAAGAACUUGAAUCUGAUGGAGAUGGACAAGCUAUGGACGAUCAACAAAAAGAUCGUAGAUCCAGUUUGUGCACGCCACACAGCAGUCGUCGAGGAGGGCAAGGUGUUGUUCACCUUUGCAAAUGGGCCGGUCGAGGCGUUUGUGAAGAUCAUCCCGAGACACAAGAAGUACGAGCCAGCAGGACAGAAAGCGACAACUUUUACGAGGAGUGUGUGGAUAGAUCAGGCCGACGCAUUGGCUGUAUCGGAGGGCGAGGAGGUGACGCUGAUGGAUUGGGGGAAUGCAUUUGUUCGAAAAGUGACGAAGAAUGAGGACGGCAAAGUGACGGGACUUGAAGGCGACUUGCAUCCGGAGGGUUCCGUGAAGACUACGAAGCUGAAGCUGACCUGGCUGCCUCAGAUUAACGACCUCGUUCUGCUGAAUCUCGUCGAUUUCGACUAUCUGAUAACCAAGAAGAAGCUCGAGGAGGAUGACGACUUCCUGUCAGUCCUGAAUCCUGUCACGAAAAUGGAAACAGCGGCGGUUGGCGAUGCCAAUAUGCGCAACCUGAAGAAAGGCGAGAUCUUUCAGCUGGAGAGGAAAGGGUACUUCGUCUGCGAUGUACCCUACGUCUCUCCGCGGAAGCCGAUUGUUCUGUUCACGGUUCCUGAUGGCAGGCAAAGACCACCGCCAGGGAAGCUGUGGUGCUGAAGCAGAGCUCUGCAAUUAUGGCAGCGACUCGUUUUGAGCGAGCGUUACAAAAAUUUUGACCGAGCGAUUCAGUGUUCCGGCAGGGAGGCUGCGGUGCUGAAGCACGGCUGCUGUUAUUACUUUGUGAAAGACUUUUGGUCUAGUAAGUAGCUUUAUGAAUUUCGACUGAUUGAUUGAAUGUUCCGUUUUUUUCUGUGGUUCGUGGACCUGUUUGAUCAGGACGAGCCGGAGUGAUAUGACGAUGGCUAGGUAGCUUCUCUAAGAAUUAGAUGACGCAGAGGAGCAGCAUUAAGUUGAGGCGGAUCAUCAGAGACCAGUGUAGUUGGGAGUCUAUGCUGGGGGUCUCAGCCCUGUUGCCUGCUUAUCUUUUUCCGCUUUCUCCUUCACCUCCCUGCACCUCCCUCCUCCUUAUCUGUCAUCGAUCUUGUGCUAAUUAAUGUUUGCAAAUGACAUUUUUGACCUCUUCUGCUCGGUGGCCUCGGCUCCUUUGUGGCUGGUGGUGGUCCCAGUCAUGACAUGCAGAGUGAUCGUAAAGUUGACGUUACAUCUUUUCUCAGCUGAACGAACCUGGAGAUUCAUUGCAAUCGAGUUUGAGUGUUCUGACGACCGGUCCUGUGCUGUGAGGAUUGUCCUCCUUUGCGAGUGAGAUGGGGAUUGCUCGAUCGACUUUUCUGUGUCAUGAGGAAAGCGAUGCCAUUAACAAAUAAAAAGAAAUGAU